AUGAGCUUUCGGAUUUUGUCGUCAUAUCUAUCUAUCUAUCUAUCUAUCUAUCUAUCUAUCUAUCUAUCUAUCUAUCUAUCUCAUUCACUUCAUAUCUAUCUCUCUAUCUAUCUAUUAUAUUCUAUCGAUCUAUAUAUCAAUCCGAACAUUUCUAUGAGACUAUGUUUGCACACGCACACACGAACACAAUUUUUCUUUCUAUCAAAGUUGUAUUGUUUUUUUAUCUAUCUAUCUAUCUAUCUAUCUAUCUAUCUAUCUAUCUAUCUAUCUAUCGUUAACGUUCACUUGAUAUCUAUCUAUCUAUCUAUUGUUGGCAUUCACUUCAUAUCUAUCUAUCUCAUUCACUUCAUAUCUAUCUAUCUAUCUAUCUAUCUGAUAUUGUCCUACCCGGUUACAGCAGUCCAAACCACUUUGCUACUUCGAACAAAUAUAUCCCUUUCUAUCUAUCUAUCUAUCUAUCUAUCUAUCUAUCUAUCUAUCGUUAACGUUCACUUGAUAUCUAUCUAUCUAUCUAUUGUUGGCAUUCACUUCAUAUCUAUCUAUCUCAUUCACUUCAUAUCUAUCUAUCUAUCUAUCUAUCUAUCUAUCUAUCUAUCUGAUAUUGUCCUGCCCGGUUACAAAGCAGUCCAAACCACUUUGCUACUUCGAACAAAUAUAUCCCUUUCUAUCUAUCUAUCUAUCUAUCUAUCUAUCUAUCUAUCUAUCUAUCACUCUUAUCUAUCUAUCUAUCUAUCUAUCUGUCACAUCAUAAUAAUUAUCUAUCUAUCUAUCUGUCACAUCGUAAUAAUUAUCUAUCUAUCUAUCUAUCUAUCUAUCUAUCUAUCUAUCUAUCUGUCACAUCAUAGUAUCUAUCUAUCUAUCUAUCUAUCUAUCUGUCACAUCAUAAUAUCUAUCUAUCUAUCUAUCUAUCUAUCUAUCUAUCUAUCUAUCUAUCUAUCUAUCUAUCCUUGUGGAAAGUAA